AUGAGAACAUUCUCUACUAGAGUUUCUUCUUUGAUGGAUAAUAAUCAACAAACGGAUUUGGAAAAGGCAGUAUUUGCAGAAAAACAAGAAUUAUUCAGAAAAGCUCUAUUAGAAUCAGUGAUUAAUAAGGGAAAUAAGGAUACCAAAUUUUAUUGGGCUUGCUUUUCUGCUUUGGCGUCAUUUGGUACUUUAGGAUUCGAAGUUCUUUUCAGAAUGUUGGACAUUCCAUUCAUUGGCUUUGGUUACGCUGCUCUAUUAACUUGUUAUCUUUUGUUUAAUAGAUCUGCAUCAAUGUUAUCAAGUGGUUCCAAUAUUGCUGCAUCAAUGGGAGGAGUUGAAAUUUUACCAAACUCUACAAUUCCAGAACACGCCAGAGUUUAUAGAAUGGUUGAAGAAAUUACCAAUUCAGUUAAAUUAAAAACCAUUCCAAAGGUUUAUUGGAUUGACUGUGAUGAAGCCAAUGCAUUUGCAUCUGGAUACUCUAUCAAAAAGAGUUGUAUCACGGUCACAAAAGGAUUAGCCUCAAUGCUAAAUGAUGAUGAGUUGAAAAGUGUUAUUGGUCAUGAAAUGGGACAUGUACUAAAUGGUGAUAUGAAAACUGGUACAUUAAUUGCAGGAAUGAUUUCAUCCUUUGCAAUAGCUGUGGAUUUAACCAGACAUUUAAAGAGUAACCAAAGUAGCAAUAGCUCCAAAUCCAGUAGUAGUAACAAUAAGGGAAAAGAUAAUUCCCAAGCCAUUAUUGGAUUAAUCAUCUUACUAUCAUACGUCACACUCUUGGCUGGUAAAUUGUUAUCAGUGGCAGUAAGCAGACACAGAGAAUAUGCAUCAGACGCUAUUGCCGGUGCUUUAACUCAUCCUUACUAUAUUAGAGAUGCUCUUCGUAAGAUAUCUAAUCAGCAUAACAAACCAACGUUUAGCUCAAUUUCAAAACUGCCAACAUCAGACUCUACUAAUCACUUGAUGUUUUUCGAGAGAGAAAAACUGACCUCAUUAACAUCAACACAUCCUUCCAUGGAGGAGAGAUUUGCUAAUUUAGAUAAAUUAGCAAGCUUUGACGUUGAAGAUUUUAGAAAAUUAGCCAAGGUAUGUUUAACCUUAUUAAGAUGUGCUAUAAUUUCAUUUAGGUUUCAGUUAUGA